GGGAGCCUACUCUGAACACUCAAAACCUCAAUUUAAAACACAAAGUCCUUCAUUCUACGAGCUGUCAAACUACCCAUCCACUUCUUCAUGGCUUUCCGUUGAGAUCAACCUUCCAAGUUGCGUCCAGCAAUUCUCUCAUACGAAUCCUCCAUCGAUUCGACACGCGCACGCACGCUCUCUAACCAACCAACACAUUUAUCUACAACAUGGCAAAGAGGAAUUGGGCAAAAUCAUGCUGCGGAGUGAUAAAUAGUAUUCUGGCAGCGCUGGCAUUGUAUGGGACUCUGUAUCUAGCAGUACUCAUUUUUGAAAGAGGAGCUCUUCCAAAAUCACCAUCUGAACUUUACAAGAAACCCUCUCAUGAAUCGCCUUCUGAACAUGGUUCUGCACCUGUGCCCCCUCCACCCGCGACACUUCAUAUCGAAAAGAUCAAUCCAAAUGCAAAUUGGUUCAACAGGCCCGAGAGUUUGGUUGUGCCAAAGGAUGACUUUUUGGGAAAACGUCCACAUGUCGAUAUGGUUGCGAACCUAACAAAACUAGUGGAAGAAUGCAGGGGAUCAUACAAUAAAAUUGAGAAAAUGCCAUACGUUUUCGACUGUUUGAAUUACAUGAAUGAGGGCGAGAAGGAGUAUUAUUACAUGCCGGCACAAGGAGAACGAGCGAGCGAGCAGCCCCCCAAGUUGGCCGAGUAUCUCAAUUCAGAUGGUCAGGAUAACUCUUUGGCUCAAUACCCAUCGCAGAAAGCUUAUUCAAAGUCAUCCUCUGGUCAAUGUAAUGGGCCAAUUGUACCAUACCAUACUUACUGGACUGGCCCUGCUACGUGGAGAGUGGAGCUUUUUAUAAAAAGUUACUUCUAUACGCAAAACCUUCCUUGCUCAAGAUUGUUCAUAUGGUUGGAUGGAGACAGGGACCCAAGCGCAAUCGACAAAUUUAUGACCCGGGACCCUCUCUUUGAAAAGUUUGUACCAUUCGUCGAAAGGGGGGAUAUAACUUUGAAAUUGUGGAAAUUUCCCUCUAGAAUACCACUGCCACCUGGAGAUAACACGGACGGACGUGGAUAUUACAAAAAUCCAGGAAAACCCAAUGCGAAAAAUGAGGUUCUGGUAGCAGAUGGACUCAUCCGAGAUUCAGACAACCAGGAAUGGUUGAUAUUGACAGAGAAGCAAAUGACAUUCUUGCCGGUUGCAGUUUCAGAUGCCAUGAGAUUUGUUGUUUUGCACAUAUAUGGAGGAUCUUACUAUGAUAUGGAUGUUAUUAUGCUACGAGAUAUGCGACCGUUGCUUAUUGGAGAUGAGCAUUCAUUUGCAGAACGUUGGGGAGGACAUUCUAGUCCUGGUGACUAUAACACCGCGGUGAUGUCUCUGACAGCGAACUCUUCUCUAUCCUCCUAUCUUUUACGAGGUGGUGUGAGAAUGGGAUUAAACUUUCAUCCUCGAAUCAUUGGCGUUAUGGCUGUGAAGGAUCAUCGAAACCAAGAGUUCAAAAUGUUGGAGACUGCCGCUUUCGAUCCAAUUUGGACUGAAUUCAACUGGGAUAGAUUAGGAAGAUGUACAGUUCCAUGUAUCAAAGAUUAUGGACAAGUGUUUAAAGGGAAGAAUGCUUUCCCAAAUCACGAUGAAUGGGAAAGUUAUGAUGGACCACAACUAAAGCUAGUCUCAGAGACCAAAUCAAAACAUUUCUGGGAAAUGAGGUCUGUUGAGGAAGCAGAAGUUGAGAAGCGUGAAGUUACAGCAGAACGAGCAACAACAGGAAAUGGUCUCGGAAUGAUGACUGUUGAUCGAGCAGUGUUAAGCAAAGCCGAGUACAAAUUGGAAGAGGACAAAUAUCCACCUACAAAUCGAACUCUAGAGAAUUUCUUCCGAGGCGCAUGGACAUAUCAUAUUCACAACCAGUGGCGCAAAAAUCCCGAACCAUCAUCAUGGCUUAACGUCAUUCAACGAGCGCAAGAUGGUUUCUUCUCUGGUUCACGUACCAAUCCAUACGGCGAGAAAUGGCAAGGUCUUGAAUUACCUCAAUACGAAAUAUCUUGGGAAUACGCAUAAACUACCCAAAUCUUGAUAUUUCAUGAACAUCAACACCCAAGGCCGGUUCUUCACGCAAUCUUAUGAAAAACACAGUAGACAUGUGUAUGAAAUCAAUGGUAAAAAUAAAAUAAAACAUUUAAUUGGUGGGCGCAGGCACAUAUACUCAGAUUUGAGUAAUGGUACAUAUAUACACGGGGCAUGGGCAUACAAUUGUGCAUAGCGGGCGUUUGAUAUAGUCGUACAUUCGUUUUUAGAUCCUUCUACUCAACGGAAAUUAUUUUGGUCGAUUGGAUGGAUCUAGGUAUAGGGAUGGAGUUUAUUUGGGAGUCAUCACAUGAACACGUACAUAUAUAGAAAAUAUAUGAGACGGGAUGGGAGUUAGCAAUGCUGUGCGAAUUUAGCCGUAGGGAGGAGAACAGAUGGUGAUUCGUGUGUACGAGCUACCGUUCUAGCAUUGUAUCAUGUAAGUGAUUGGAAGUAUUGGGAUGGGAUGGGGUGCCACUUGAACAUCGGCAAGAGAAUGUUUAGAGGCGUUUUAUACCCUUGAGUACCUUAGAGAAAAGAUUAAGAAAUAUAAAAAAGAAUACA